AUGAGACGGUUCAUCGUUUUACUCGGUAAGACGGUAAAUCCAGAUUAAAUGAAGCUUCACACUGAGCGAAGCCGCCGUCAUCCUGCUGCAGAUUUAGACAUUUCAAACCUGUAAAAUAACAAGAACAACUCAUUCACCUCAGGACACACACAGACAGGAUACUGCUGUGUUUGUGUUACACAUUUUUGGUACAAAGUGGGGACAUUUACACAAACCAUGACUCUGGGGACCUUAUAUUAGGUCAGAUUCAGACUGUGUUUAAUAGGCCUGGAUCAACUGUAGGUCAUUGUAAUGUCUCCUGAAGUCACUAAAAACAAGAUCACAUGUUUGUUUUUACACAUUUUUGGUACAAAAUGGGGACUUGGUAUAAGAUUCGCCACAUGGUUUCAACUGUUUUUGACCAGAUUAAGAAAAUCUGAGGGUCAUUGUGAAAGUUUUCUGAAGUGACUCAAACAACAGACUGUAAUUCUUUACAUGUUUUUGGUACAAAGUGGGGACUUUUUAUAAGGUCCCUAAACUGUGAAAGUUUGUCAUUGCAGUGUUUCCUGAAGUGUCCAUAACAAUAAUGUGUGUUUGUGUGUGUGUGUGUGUGUGUGUGUGUGUGUGCAGCCCUGCUGUGUGUGUGUGACGGCGUCCGGUUUGGACCGCUCUGCAGUGGAAACCCAAACAACAGGAGAAGGACAUCAGACUCCUGGGGGGCUGGAAAUUAUGGAGCGAGAAGGUAACACCCUUAAAUCUGGAUUUAUUUUUGUAGACAGAAAAAAAAACAUUGAAGAAAACAUUUGAAUUUAAACAUUUCAAAAAAUCUAAACCUUUGUAUAAAGCUAAUCUAAAAACAGUGUUAAGGGACUACAACAUUUCAUUAGCCUGGUUGGAGAAUAUAAAAACUGAUUUAACAUGGGAAAGAAAUUCAUUUUACAAGCUGCAGUACCCACAAACACCACAGAGGGGCGUCAGAGGUAAGCUGCAUGUCGUCCUUGAGAAGGCACUAGUACUGUGGAUCAGAUCAGCAUCAUUUACAUCGAACAGGAACCUCCAGUGUUGCAGGUUAGCUGGUGUGGAAGUGUGAGAAACUGCAGUUCUUUGAGUGUCCACUAGAGGCUGACUGAUCCUCCAUAGAGCUCCAUGUGAAAAUAUGACAGAAGAAAUCAACAUGUUUACAUCCGACUGGGUCUCUGUAAUUCUCUGGUCAUGACGGCUGAGUUUGAUAAACUUUUUAAAUACGAUGAUCAGAUUUGAUCGAUUAAAAGUUCAGUUGAUUAAAGUGAUUGAUAAGUGCGGGUUAGUCUUUGUGAAGCUGUUGUCACAGACGGGUGUCUGCUGUGUUUCAGGGGCUCCAGGACUCACCAAGGUCUGGACAUCGUGUGUGAAGACGGAUCGGAGGUCUACGCCCCGUUUGACGUGACUCUGAACGGAAAGCUCAUCGUCUAUAACGACCCCACGAAGGCCGCCAUCAACAGCGGCAUCAACCUGAGCGGCGAGGGUCAGUCACGAGUUUUAAAAUUAGACGUUUAAAAACACGACAUUUAUCCGAGAGCUUCAACUUAUAAAGAAUUUAUACACAAAACAAAACUUUAAACUGUCUAACUGUUCGUAUAAAAGACAGAAGAACUGAACGUUCAGCUCUUUAACCGCCGUUUACUUCCUUUAGGAGCAGAAUCUUCAUGUCAGGACUCCUUUAGGUUCUUUCACUGUAACUGAACUGACGGUUCUGGUUCUGCAGGUCUGUGCUUCAAGCUGUUCUACGUCCGGCCGGAUCGAACCUCCGGCACCGUGAGGAAGGGUCAAAGGAUCGGGGUCAUGCUGCCGAUGCAGAGCGUUUACCCGGGGAUCACCUCCCACGUCCACGUCCAGCUGUGCAACAAGAAGGACCCCACGCAGUACUUCGGCUAAAUGAGCGCUCCCCCAUCACCUCUGUAUGCUAACGUUUAUCAGGAACCUCUGUACGUUGACGUUUAAGGGGAACCUGUUGAUGGUCGCUCCUACAGAUCAGUAACUCCUUAUUCUCUCUCCUCCUGGACUCUCAGACCUUCAGGAGAUCUCCGGUUUCUCUCUCUAACACUCACUUUCCUCUCAGUCUGUAUUUUCCUAAAUAAACUCAUAAAGCAUCCUACCUUCACUGUUGUGUCUCCGCUUCUAUUUGAACUUGUCUGUUAGAGUCCAGAUUAAAGGGAUAUUCUGCCGUAAAAUUAAGUUAUGGUCAAACUCACCGUAACACCGAGUUAGAGUAACGACCGCACGAUAGCAAUACAGAGCGGUCUGAGGAGACAUAAACAAACCUCAACCAAAACGCCACUCUAUAGCGAGACUACAGCAGGGUGCCGCAGCCCAAGGAAGAACAUUUAUGAUCAUUUCUUGAAGUAAUGAAAAGGUCCUCCUGUAUGUCGUCGUAUUCAUAUCAGAAGUCUGUCUGUAAACUCAGUAUUAACAGUAGACGUUGUUUCAUAACCUUUGAAAAACUCCUCACUGGAGCUUUAAGUGACUGUCAGGUGGGUGUGUGUGGGGGGGGGGGUUGAUCUGGUCUCUCUCAGACUCCCUCAGACCUGCAGGUGUUUCUGUUUGGACCUGAGACUUUCAUUAAUGUUUAUGAUUCAUGUCUUUAUAUAAAAGGUUCUUAUCUCUGCUCUGUAAUCUGAGAGGCUCCGGUCUGUGAACUUUGGAGUGAGAGGAGAUAUCAGCUGUUUAUUAUCAGACAGAUAACAGCUGAGCUCUCCUCAGAGUGUCGGACCCGACUCCACACAAACACACCUUCUCUGCAGGCUCCAAACCCACGGUGAGUACCUCCAGAUCCAGAUUUACUCACACCUCAAGGUUCUCCGGGGUGUCCUCCAGUCCAGGUUCAGGCCCAGAAACUCGGGGGACUUCACUUCCUUGUUUACACUCAUGAGUCCUCUCUGAUUGGACGUUAAGUGGACUCUGACAGACAGCUGGUUUGAUCCAGAACCGGGUCCGUUUGGGAGUUUAGUUCAGCUGAGUUAUCACGACGAGAGCUGCUGCUGUUUUUACAAACUUUAGAUCAUGAAAAGUUUGAUUUCUGUUUAAAAAGAGUCAGAAAAACGACACGAGGACGUUUUAUUUCUGAUGUUUGAGAAGAAUCUGUUCCUGUAGUUGAGCUCAUGAAGAACUGCGGCAGAUUUGACCCGUUUAUCGUUUCUAAUGACGUUAAAAACAAUCACUGCAGCUGCUCUUCCCGUCUGUCUGUCCGGUUUUUAAAAUCAUGCUUUUAUUUUGAAAUGAAGUCAAUGUCACCUCUAAGAGAGAAUGACUAAAGCAGCAGAGACGAUGAUUAGAAAGUAGAAACGUUAUUUUAAUGUUCCUGAUUUUCUGAUAAAUCUCUAAAGAUCGUCUUUGAGGAGCCGCAGCGUUUUUAUGAUCCUUCAGUUUUAUGGGAGUAAAAACCGCCUUAAAGACCCACGACUGCCCCUCCACCGUGAACCGGUCUGUGAAGACUGAAGGAAAUACUCUGUAACCCCUGACCCUGAAGAGACCAGGUCCUCUCAGAGACUCACCGAGAAGAUGAUUUAGAAGAACAUCAGUGAGCUGAAGACAGACCCGGACUCAGAGGGUCUCAGUCAGACACUCGUUGGUGUCCUCUGUAACAGACCCCGUCCCUGUGGGGUGGAGGGUCAGAGGAGUCAUAAACCAGGACUUCAGAUGGUACCGCCCCCCCGUCUCCUCUGAAACACAGAGAAAUAAACAGCCUGGAGUGAAUCAGUGAGGACAGAUAACAGUCGGAGCACAGAUCGUAAAUCCACGAGGACUUCCUCCUGUUAACAGUUUCCUGACUGAGACCCGAUCAGGUUCUGGUUCCUGCUGAGAUUCUCUGAUACAGACACAAAGAUGAAAUCUUGACCUGGUCUCAGGGUCACAAACAGAAUCACAAAAUUUAGACAAAUAAAAACAUUUACAUUUAUGUUUGGAGAUGAAACGUUUUGUUUAAUUUAUCCAUAAUUUCCGGUUAAUUCGUAUAAAUUCACAUGAAAAGUUUCUGUAAAGUUUCUGCUCCUUCGUGACCCUGAAUCACGAACUUUAAUCAGGUAAAAAUCUCACUGUCAGUUUUUAAACGUCUCGUUUCUCCUCAAAGUUCAUCUUUGCUGCAGUUUUUCAGACUUUAGGGUGAAAUUUCAAAAUAAGAGUCUGCUGCUUCAAAACGACGUGAAGCUCCUCCUUCCUGCUCGGGUCACUCAGGACGGUCCUGUGUUCCUGCAGGGUGAAGGUCCACGCCAUGGCGAACAGGAAGUCUGUGUGCUGCGGUCUGUCCAGUCUGGAGGUGACGCUCGCCGUCCUCUUUGUCCUGAUGACGGCGACGAGUGUGUCUCUGAUCACGCUGAUGGCUCUACAAACCAAAACAGGUGAGAGUGAAAUCAGAGGGUCAGAAAAACUGUUUUUAUUUUUAAAGUGGAAAUAAAUUCAGAUUUUUAAAGAUCGUCUCAGAGGAACAAACGAGCGUCAAAGUCGUUUGUCUCUCAUCUUUCAGAAACUCUGAUCUGUGUUUUAGUUUAAUAAAGAUGAUCCGUCUGUCUCUCUGGUCCAGAACCGACCCCUCUCCCCACCACAGAACCUCGUACCCCUUACCUGAUCGGAGUGGGCCGGGCUGACUGCACCGGACCGCCGGCUGAAGUCCCUCUGGUCAGUACUGAGAACAACGACAACAGAACAGCAGAGAGAAUGAUCCGGUAGAUCUGGGUUUGACUCGGUUCAGUGAUCCGGUUUCUGAGGAAAAGUCUGAUCGCUGCAGAGACGAUCCCAGACUCUGAGAUCUGACAGUUUCUGACAGUUUAACCCUUUAAACACCACAGACCUGUAAGUUCAGGAGGUCUUCACAGAGGUCCUCAGAGACCUGCAGCUCCAGACUUAAAAACAAAAACACUUUUGAUCAUCAGAGAAUCAAACUCCAAAGUCUGCAGCGUGGACCGGACGGUCUCUGUGGGACCGGGCGUGUCCGGACUGUAAAUCUUUAUCUUUGACUAUAAACCGUCCGGUCAGCCUGGAUCUGGAUC